UUCUCAAAGAAGCUUUGACUUUGCUUUGGUAGACGGACUCUCUCCUCAGAUUUAGUAGAUUCGUAGCGCUGUGAAUAAGCAGAAAAAAAAGGCGAAACACAACGGAAAAGACAGCGCUUAAUAUAUUUACCUUGUAAUUCAAUUAACUGGAGAAAAAUGCUGAGAUACGCGGUAAUUGCCUGUGCUGUUUUGGUGGCCUUUGCGGGCGCUUUGGAGUUCAGUGAUUGCGGAUCGAAGACGGGCAAGUUCACCAGGGUGGCCAUCGAGGGAUGUGACACCACCAAGGCGGAAUGCAUCCUCAAGAGAAACACCACAGUUAGUUUCUCCAUUGAUUUUGCAUUGGCCGAGGAGGCUAAGGCGGUCAAAACGGUAGUCCAUGGCAAGGUCCUGGGUAUUGAGAUGCCCUUCCCAUUGGCAAAUCCCGAUGCCUGUGUGGACAGUGGAUUGAAAUGCCCACUAGAGAAAGGAGAGUCCUAUCGCUAUACUGCUACCUUACCAGUCCUGAAAUCCUAUCCAAAGGUCUCGGUUCUCGUCAAGUGGGAGCUACAGGAUCAGGACAGCGCAGACAUAAUCUGUGUUGAGAUUCCCGCUAAAAUUCAGUAGGCGCUUCAACCCUCUAAUUUAACCUCGAAAUACUGAAGAGAGAAAGGGAGAGCGCGUCGAGAGAUUCAGUUUUUCUUCUCCAUUGUAAUCUAAUUUAAAAUAAAGAAAUUUAAACUUAAACAAC